CAAACCGUGCACACGUUCGCAAGGCAUAUUUGCUGCGUCACGACUGCGCGUUCGGACGAUGGGCAACACCAAGCUCUCGAUAAAUGUAAAAGGUGAGAUGAUCAAAUCUGCUUGGCUAUGUGUAUCGUUUACGAACGACGCGACCAAGCGAUUGAGCACAUGCCCGCGCCCGCCCGCUGCGCACUACAUUUCCGCAGGCGGCAAAACUGGCAAGGAAGCCGGCGAGGAACCAACGACGCCCCCCUAUGAGCCUGGCGUUCAGAUUAAUUGGCCGCAGCCCGCGCCUGCCGUCUUUGGAGCGCUGUUCGAGGAUCUGGAGAGCGCGCAGGGUCAACUCGACCAGAUGGAGCACGGCCUGGCGGAGGCCCGGAGCAAGGUGGAGGCGGCGCACAAAACCUUUGUCGCGACAAAGAGCCUGGUGCAGUUGACUGUGAACAAGUGCAAGAAAGCGCUGACGGAGACCCAGGAUGAGGUCGAUGGGCUCCUCCUGGCCAUCGUGCAGCAGUGCACUCCCGGGCCCGAGGACUUCAAGGGGCCCUUCCCUGUUGGCGCGGUGGCGGAGGCCCGGCUGAUACGGGGCAUGGUGGGCACGGGGCUGCGUCUGGACCCCGGCUGGGCCUUCGCCAGCGGCAGCGGCGCCUCCAAGCUGCAUAAGGCCAAGUGCGGCAACUUCAGUGGUGGCUGUAACUGGUACCGGUACUACAGCGUGACCGGCCGCGGUAGGACCGGCGUGACGCUGUGCGGCCAUAAAUGCUGCGCGAGUGCCUUUAAGGCGGAAGAGGUGUACCUGUGCGCGCGUGAGGCGGAGGCUAAGGCGGCGGCCGCGGAGGCGAACGCGAACCUGCUGUCGCUGGUGGAGGACAUGGCGGCGGCUGGGCUCGCGAUGAAGGAGGAGGUGGAGCAGGCGCAUGAGCGCGCGGAUGUGGCGGGUGAGGUGGGGGCUGGGGUGGAAGUGGCUCUGUCGGUGGAGGAGGCCAAGAACGAGUUCUUGGGCAACAUAUUGACGAAUGUGCUGGAAGCGUUGGACAAGAAGGAGGCGGAGGCGGCGGUGGAGGUGGAGGAGGCUCGUGUGAGGACGCAGGCGGCGGAGCAGCAGGCGCGUGCUGCAGCGAGGGAGGCGCGCAGCUUCCUCAAGGAGUUCGUCGUGGGCCAGCCGCCCGCCGACCCCAACCCGCUGUACUUGGGCCCCCUGUCCUUCGGCCCCACCGCCGACCUCACCCUGCGCAAUAUGGUGGGCACGGGGCAGCGGCUGCGCCCCGGCUGGGCCUUCGUCAACAAGAGCGACGGGACCAAGCUGCACAAGGCCAAGUGCGGCAACAACGAGGAGUGCAGCUGGUACCACUACGAUUCGCUGGCGGGCCGCAACAGCAUCAAGGCGGAGCGGUGCAAGAGGGAGUGCUGCAAGAACGCGUUCGCGGCAGAGGAGGAGAUGUGGCGUGUGGCGGGUUAGCGGCCGUGUGGUAGGGCCCCUGCUGCUGCCAACGCACUGCACGCAGCGCGCAGCCGCCGCCCAGGGCAUAGGCUGGUGAGGUUGGUGGUGCUGCUGCUGGGGGGAAAUCGUUCAUUUGCACCGCUUGAUAGGUAGGAAUGUGGAGGCGUGUAUGCCUGGCGGAUCAUGAAAGGAUCGGACUGGACAACGUGGAUGCUCCUUAGGGCAGGGCGGACGGAGAGCAGGAUGGAGAGCGUGCAGGAUGGAUGGGCGAAGCAGGAUGAAAUCUCGUUACAGGUGUGACAGGUUGGGUCCCGGCGGCUUGCGCAUAUGUUGUGUGUGUGUGUGUGUGUGUGUGUGUGUGUGUGUGUGUGUUAGAGAGCACAAGGGGAUGAAGGAAACACACAGGCACGGGUAUGCGAUGCACUGCGUUGACACUGGUUGGUGGUGCGUGGCAGGUUUAGCACGGUGUCCUGUUACGCGCAGUGUCAACAUCAGCACGGCGGUGAUAGCAGCACGGUAAACAGCAGGCUACUACGGGGUGAUUGUUUGAUUGCUUGUGUGUACCCGCCUGUGGGAAUGCGUGUGUGUUUUGCGGACCUAAACCAAGAGGAAGAAUCAGGAUUGCAGAAGGUGGCGCUGCGUGCAGUACGUACGUGCAGGAGCCUUACUGUUGCGCAAGUAGGCGUGGUAAGCGUCUGUACGUGUUUGAGUGAGGAAUUCAUGGGUCAGCUGGUGAUUAGCUUGGUUGGAUGCACCCCUGUGUAUGUGGAGGCAGAAGGGGGCUGGCUUAAAUGCUACAACUGUAACAGUGUGCGCGCAGAAGUUCAUGUUUCCGGGGAGGGACGGCUGAUCCACGGCACGGUUGCAAGGACAGCCGCGCGUGGCCGGCCAUCUAAGUUGCGUGGCCCUGUACAUGCAAAGGCGCUACUAUUCAAACUUUUGGAAUGUUGUCAUUGCAUGGUGUAGCGUCUCAGACCCGUUUGCGCGGGGGCCAGUUCGCGGGCCACCGCUGGGGGAUGGCGCGAAAGGCCGCACCCGGCUGACCGUCAUUUCGUGCACCCGUUAGCAUCCUAGCUGAUUGUUACUAGAAGAUAUGCAAGGAUUUCAUCUGCAUACGGCCUUCAUUUGCGAGCGUAAAACCGGGUCGAUCGGCGGGGGCAACCGUCGGCGCCAGCAACCGUUUCGCGACGACGACCGGCCCUUGGCGUUGAAGGGUUUGGGUUGCUAUACAGUUUAGAGCGUCUUAUGUUAAAUUGAGGCCACUGUAAACCUUGCGACAA